CCAUGAUGCACUUGAGGUAAUAACAGCCGUGCCAAACGUUCCACUCAAAGAAGCCGGCAUUUUAUAUCUUUCUACGAUAUGAGGUGUCAUUUCCUGUAGCCCACCAUGGCGCCGGGGGAUGUGGUGCCAGAGCAUGCCAAACAGCAGAAGUCCAAGGAGAAACGUCCAGGAAACAAGGCACCAAAGUCAGAAUGUGAGGCGGAUGGGUCAUUUGUGUUUGAGGCUCAUGAAGCCUGGAAGGAUUUCCAUAACUCUCUCAGGCAUUUCUAUGAAGUGGGCGAACUGUGUGACGUCACGCUGAAGGUUGGCAGUAGGUUGAUACCGUGUCACAAGUUAGUUCUAGCUUGUGUUAUCCCCUACUUUCGGGCAAUGUUCCUAUCAGACAUGUCUGAAGCCAAACAGGAUCUUAUAGAGAUUAAAGACUUUGAUGGAGAUGCCAUCCAGGACUUGGUGCACUUCGCCUACUCCUCCAAACUCACUUUAACCGUUGACAACGUUCAGCCACUGCUUUACGCUGCCUGCAUCCUACAGGUUGAGUUGGUUGCCAGAGCUUGCUGUGAGUACAUGAAGGCCCACUUCCACCCCACCAACUGCCUGGCAGUCCGAACCUUUGCAGAGAGCCACAAUCGAGUGGACCUGAUGGACAUGGCUGACCGCUACGCCUGCGAGCACUUCACUGAGGUGGUGGAGUGUGAGGAUUUCACGUGCGUGUCACCCCAACACCUGCGCACGUUAUUGUCCUCUUGUGACCUCAACAUCCACUCAGAGACACAAGUGUAUAACGCAGCUGUGAAGUGGCUGAAAGCGAACCCACAGCACCAUGAAGCCUGGCUGGACCAGAUCAUGUCUCAGGUGCGGCUCCCGCUGCUGCCCGUAGAGUUUCUGACGGGAACCGUGGCAAAAGAAGAGAUGAUCAAGCGGAACCUGGACUGCCGUGACCUGAUGGAUGAGGCCAGGAACUACCACCUUCACCUGAGUAACAAGGUGGUUCCAGACUUCGAGUAUUCUGUCCGUACCGUCCCACGGAGGCACACCGCAGGAGUUCUGUUCUGUGUUGGGGGACGGGGAGGUUCUGGAGACCCAUUUCGCAGCAUCGAAUGCUACUCCAUUACUAAAAACAGUUGGUUCUUUGGUCCUGAAAUGAACAGCAGACGCCGUCAUGUGGGUGUGAUAUCUGUCGGAGGUAAAGUGUAUGCUGUCGGCGGCCAUGACGGUAACGAACAUCUGGGGAAUAUGGAGAUGUUUGAUCCACUCACCAACAAGUGGAUGAUGAAAGCCUCCAUGAAUACCAAAAGGAGGGGAAUAGCACUGGCGUCUCUCGGUGGUCCCAUAUACGCCAUCGGAGGUCUCGAUGACAACUCCUGCUUCAACGACGUAGAACGUUACGACAUUGAAAACGACAGCUGGAGCGCCGUGGCUCCGAUGAACACGCCCCGAGGAGGGGUUGGAUCUGUGGCUUUGGGGAGUUACGUGUACGCAGUGGGAGGAAAUGAUGGUGUGGCGUCACUUUCCAGUGUGGAGAGGUUCAAUCCCCACCUCAACAAGUGGACGGAUGUGUGCGAGAUGGGCCAGCGGCGCGCCGGGAAUGGCGUCAGCAAACUCAAUGGCUGCCUCUACGUUGUUGGUGGCUUUGAUGACAACUCCCCCCUGAGCUCCGUGGAGCGCUUUGACCCCCGGAUGCACCGCUGGGAGUACGUGGCAGAGCUCACCACCCCGCGCGGUGGUGUCGGGGUUGCCACUGUAAUGGGCCGAGUGUUUGCAGUCGGGGGACACAAUGGGAACAUUUACCUGAACACAGUGGAGGCUUUUGAGCCGAGGAUGAACAGAUGGGAACUGGUGGGCUCUGUGUCCCACUGCCGAGCCGGAGCCGGAGUGGCCGUGUGCUCGUCUCACGUCAGCCAGAUCAGAGACGUCGGCCAGGGCUCCAGCAACGUGGUCAACUGCAUGUGACGACCGCCCCGCGUUUGACAAGGUGACUGACUGCAGCGUCACCGUCAGAUCCGAUCACAGCACAAAGCACACAGCGAGCGAAGCUACUCGCCUUCACGCUGCAGGCCGAUGUUCGGUCAGCACACCGUAUCAGAGGAUGACUAGGGAAAAGCAACAGACUUGAAUUAAAAAAAUACACACUGACAAAAUUUUAUGUUUCUAAACUUCUGGUGGUAUUUGCAAUCUUUAAUGAAGUAUUUUUUGUUUCUUUGUUUGUUUGAGUAGAUAUUAUUUGCUGAGCUCUUAUUUAAAGGAAACGUCCUGAGAAUUAACGUAUUCAGAGUAAAGACUGUAACAAGGGGCCAGUAUGAAAGGAUUUAAAGUUCUCUGAAAAGACGGCCGCUGCUUUGCUGCAUUUGCUCCAUUCGUCCAGAGUGAUGUGACUGAUCGCUAUCUUACUGCCUCAUUUUUGUCAGUCAGGAUGUGAGGUUGUUUUCCUUUACUCCCACUCCAAGUUUUACAUUUUUUCAUGCUCUCUUUAGUUUUAAGCUGACCUAGCUGACAUUUAUACUUUGAUUUUAUCCGAUAAGGAACAGUGCUGGUCAGUAAAAGCUAGAAACAAAUCAGUCCUCGCUUUCAGGACCUUUAACGCUCGGGGACUCACACUCCUGCAAGUGCCAAACAGAACAAACUCUGACAAAUCCAGUUGAAAUCUGCUGCAUUAAUAUUUCUUCUCCAUUGCUGACAGAGGUGAUAUAAAGAGAUCAAAGCAAUAUGUUACACCGCUUUAGUACGACAAUAUUUCCCUUAAAAUUUGAGAUUUGUGAAUGAUGAUAGCUGGACUGUCAGAAAUCCUAAUCAUUUUGAUGUUUUAGACGUGUACGGUAUUCAGACGAGGUUUGUAUCUGCAAAUGGUUCCAUUAUAUUUCAAUAUGCAUAUAAAUGUUUUUGUAUAAUCGAACAAUUCCUAACUGUAUAAUCCAUUGCUGUUCUCUAUUUUCCUAGAAUAGACGUGAGGUCUGAAUAUAUUUUUGUCCAAAUUAGGAAAUUUCAUGUUAUAUGUUCAUACAGUAUGUCAGUUUAGCACAAGUGGUUCUGCCAUAUGGAAGAUUUCAAAUAUUUAUAACCUUUGGCAGAAUUUUCAUAAUAGGACUACAAAUGACUCUUUCAGAUAUACUGUUUGUACAAGAUAAAUACAGUGUUGCACAAAUCUUGUGUUAAAUUUAACAAUCAUUUUUCUAGCAAACUUGAAGCCAGUUUUGUGUUUUUAAAUGUUAAUGUGUGAACAGUGAGGUGUUUGACUAUAUUGUGCUUUAUGAACAUAGUGUUGGUAUAAAAUUAUUAAAUAAAGUUGUUUGAAUAUCA